AUGAAACAUUCAACUAGUAGUAUCAGGCAACAGUCAAUUAUAUGGCGUUUGCGCAUUUUACGUUUACGGAAAUGUUUUAAACUUCGAUAUUUAUUAACAAUAUGUAUUCUUUUUAUUGUUUCAACAUAUCUACGUCUUUUGCAUUAUAUUCCUUCUGAUCAAUCAAUACUUAGCAAUUCUGAAUCUUUUACAGUAGAAGAAAUAAUCAUUGUUAAUCAUACUCUCUCAAGUAAAUGUAAUACUGAUGAAAUUGAAACCUUACAACAUUUUAAGUCAUCAUAUGAUAAAAAUAAUAAUAAUGAUAAUCGACCACAACCAACAAUUGAACGAUUAAAUAAACUUUUUCAAAUCCUUAUUUCACAUGAAAAUACAUAUAGGAAAGUAUUUGAUUAUUUAGGUAUAUUUCGUUUUAAUGAUUUUCAAAAUACAUUACAUCCAUUUGCUAAUAAUAUUGAACGUUUACAAAAUAUUUAUUGUCUUUUUCAAAAAUAUAUUAGCAUAUCUGAUAAUGGUGAUAUUGUUAUCACAAAAGAUUUCAUUUCUUAUUUGAAACUGAUUUCAAAUUAUUUGUCUGAUGGUUUUAAAAAUAAACAUUUAACUUAUGAUAAAAUUUCAAAAGAUAAAAUUCAAAAACCCGUUAUUAUUCUUGCAACUAAUUCAAAAUAUUACAGUAGAUUACAAGCAUCAAUGCAUACAGUUAGUGAUUAUUUAAGCGAUUAUACUAUUGCUAUUUAUGAUCUCGGACUAAGUCCAACAGAACUAACUAUGAUCAAAGAAAACUGUGAAAAAUGUAUUAUUUUUCCAUUUCCAUUUGCUCAAAUUGAAUCUGUUGCUGCUCAUAUACAAUAUGUACCCAAUUUUGCUUGGAAACCUAUCGUUAUUCAGGAUGCUGUAAGACGUUUUGGUUCUAUUAUUUAUGGUGAUACAUCAGUUCGUUAUAAAACAUCAAAUUUUGAUCGUCUACUUAUUGAUAAUUUAAUCCGAGGUUUUUCAUGUCGUGAAUUACCUGGACAUUAUUUACCAUGUUUUACUUUAAGUGGAACAUUUUCAUGGUUUAAUGAAAUAUUUUCAUCAUAUGAUGAUAUUUAUAUUGCUGAAGCAGGUUUUGUUGCUGUGACAGAUAAUUUUCUAUCACGUCUUGUACUUAAAACAUGGGUAACAUGUGCGCUUGACUCAUCUUGUAUAACACCAAUUUUAUCGAGUACUAAAUGUAAACAUGUAAAUGGUACAACAAACAAGCAUCGUUAUGAUCAAUCAGUUAUGGUAAUUGCACUUUCAUUUUAUUUUUUUCCAAGUCCACGUCACAAUGAUAAUACUGAUCCAGCACCAUAUGAUAUGUAUACAUCAAUACAACAAAGUCUAGCAGAAGUUAAACGUAGGGCGGACGAGCAGAAUUACUUUACCAGACGAAAAAAACUUAAAUUGCAGCAGAACAGUUCAAUAACAACUGUAAAAAGGCAAUAA